GCUGUAUAUUAUUUAUUCUGAUUAUGCAUUUAAUUGAAAAUUCCCGUUAUGGUUAGCGGGAAUAACACUUCUAGUGGAAGGCGCAAGCGCGAGGGUUCUCAGUCUUUUAAUGAGUUCAAACGUGAAAGGCUAGAGGAGAUCCGCCGUCAAUUAUCUGCUCAACGUCGUGAUGGCGGUGAUGAUCACGCCUCUAACCAUCAGUAUCGCAAUCGUGCUCUUGAACGGAGUCAGCUAAAGGAUGAAUACUAUCGUAGAGUGGUUGAAGAGCACGCACUGCUAAAGCAGCAGACUGAAGAUGAAUCACGUUACAUGGGUGGUGACGAAGAGCGAACUCACUUGGUGAAGGGUCUAGACUAUGUACUAUUGGAGAAAGUUCGUCGCAAUUUAUCACCACGGAUACGUGAGGAAAAAACCGUUGAUGAAGACAUACCCGAGUCAGGUCACACAGAUUUGGGUCGUUACAUGAAGCGUACCUUUUUGCAACACACUCAUAUGCACCAUCGCAAUUAUCGCGACCGUUUGUCGAAUACUUAUGACUUGUUAUGCAAAGGGUUUAAGUUGAAGCGUGACGAUGUCGGUACCCGUAUAUUUUAUCGGUUUGAUUUGUCCAUGGAACCUUGUGCUAAUGACGUUCCUCCUACGGUAGUUUCUAAUGAUGACAGUCUAACUUCGACUACUAUGGGUGAUUUGCGUGCUCAGUUAUCUGCUGAUUUGCGAAAGGAAAUAGGGGAUGUACUUGAAUGGCAUCGAGAGAAUCGCAAGAAGCCUAAGGAGGAACGUCUUGCUGAGCGCCCUAGUAAAUUGGGUGAUACUUCAGACGCGGAUUCAGAUGACAUCUUUGCUGAUGCUGGCGAAUAUCAUAGCGAUGAAUUGAACGUUAACGAUGUAUCUAAGUUGACCGUGAACGGGCACUACUUUGGUGAUUCCGGUGACUCUGAUGACCCUGAUACUUACAAUGCCGCAGUGCAUUUACCGACAUUAGGUCGUCGUGAGCGACGCGAAAAGUUGGUUGAUGCAUACGAUGAAUGUUAUCCCAUGGCUGCCGACUCUGACAGCGAUGAUGACGUGAAGGGUGGCCGAAAGAAGCAGAAAAGCGACCGUUCAGAUUGGCGCAAGAUCGAGCAGCUUGUGUCAGAUAAGAACACUAUACCCAUGGAGCAGUUAGAGCAGGCGUCAAUUUCUAAGAAGGCAAAGUGAGUAUUUGCAGUUGACCGGAUAUCUGUAACC